UGUCGCUCGGCUCUAAUUUAGACGAUGGGGCCGAAGCAGAUGCACGUUUGACUCAUUUGUAGUGCUUACGCGCCAGUGGUGCAGGCCGACUGGAUGGAUGUGGCGGCGCUGAUCCCACUCAAGAAUGCUCCACAGCCCGAGGAGGGGUUGACGAGGAUCCGCCUGUAAACAACAAGGUAGCAGGGAGACAUUAAGUAGAAGACACUUCAUUCAAAGCCUGCACGGGAGGCGAGAUAUGGAUACACCUCUCCACGGGCAUCUCGGUCUUUCAGGACACGUUGGCUGGAGAUCCGGAUUUUCCAGGUUGUUUUAAGACAGUUGAGACUGUCCGGGAGGCGGUGAAGCUCUGAAGACUGUUUUCACCGAGCAUCCAUCUGGAAGAGAACAAACUUCUCGUUAUCCUCUCAGUCAUCAGCGCUGACAGCUAGACGUCUGAACUGAGUGUUUUUUUCUUCUCUUCGCCUUGAGACUCUCAAAGUUAAGGAGCAUUAAAGGGAAAACAGAGGCACGACUCGAUCUCGCUGUCAGAAAAACAAUGUAUUCCUUUUUUAUUGUUCCAAAACUCUCUUGCGGUGUCAAGUAAAUGAAUCAGUAAGAAAUUCGCAAGAGCUAUUUCAUAAUGCUUGGUGUAAUUUUUCUAAACGAGGAUAUUUUUACCUUUGAGCUGUCACACUCUGAAUCAAGAAUAAACUCUUGAUAGUGCCAGCAUUCUCCUUUCUGGUCUGGACUUGACCCGACAGGCUGAAUUUUUCAAAAGCAUAAGCGAGGACUAACCAAUAAAACAUAUGAGGCCAACAACGAGCAGCAUGCUCCAGCAGAAUAACAACAACAACUACCCCUGCCUGAAUGUGUCAGGCUCCACCAGGGAGAUGCUCCAGAAGUGCUCCCGAGCCUCUCUGCCCUUCCCCAGCCGAAUGGAGCUGGGCCUGGGAGACCUCCCGCUGAUCCGGGGCCUCCGGGCCUGGGCCCUGUGCUCCAAGAACCGGCGGAAGGCUGGUGGACUGCUGAGUGGAGGCCAAACCCCCACAGCUCCUCCUGCAGGCCGUGGGGGUCCGACUUCCUGCCCCAGGCCUGCAGAUGUGUACCUGAGCGGGGAGUGGGGUCGCAUGGGGUACGGCCUUCCCAUGGGGCUGGAUGCCCGGCAGGUUGGGAUCGGAUCUUUGGUAACAGUUGCCACUCUGAAAACCUCAGAGGGCAGCGGGAAGACACAGACCCAAUGCCUCUUCCUCCGGACUGAGAAAGGGAGCUGUUUGUACUCCACGGCCAAACCCAGUUCUGGUCUGACUACCGGUGCAGCCUCUAGCGUGGUAGGGGGAUGGCUGAGAGGGAAGACAGGAGGAGGAGCAGGAGGAGGAGGAGGAGGAAGUGACAUCCCAGCCGGAAGGAGGGACAAUGGGCCAACUCCGCCGUCACAAACCGGAGUAAACCGGGUUCGGGUACGAUCCGGCCGGAGAUGGAGGAAGUCUGGUAAUGCAGCAGCCCGGGAGAAAGCCAACGCGAAAAGAGAGGGGCAGGAGAGUAGCAGAGAGGAUCCUGCUGGAGAAAUCACCCCCGAAGAAAGGCAGGAAGAGCGAGACAAAGGGGGCCUGGCCAGUAAACAGUCUCCCAGAAGGGAGGAAGAGGAAGUGUGCAGAAAUCCUCGAUGCUGCCACAGUGCUGCUCCCAAAACGUGUUCUCAGUGUGGAAAGAGAGCUCAGAGGAGGGAAAGCCAGGACGAAUGCGAUGGAGGUGAAAGUCCAAGAAGAGGCGACUCAAACAGGCCGACUGGUGAGGUGAAAGGAAUGAGGAAGGAGAGGCAAAAGAAUGAGGAGGAAGACGGCAAGGGGGGCUUCUGCGGGUUAGAGUCGUCCAACUCAUCAUUGGCUGUACCUAACCUCGACCUAGAAGCGAAACCCUUUCACCCACAAUCCCACAGCGGCUGUGAUGUUGAAGAGAUUAGAGAAGUCGAGAGCAACGAGGAGCUGAGGACUCAAACCUCUCAAGACGAAGAUGAUUAUUCAGGGAGAGAGAAGGAUACAAACUCUGAAGUUAUGAAAUUGCAUCCCGGACAUAAUGAUUUGAUUCAUAGCCACUCUGGGCAGGUGACUGAUGACUUUAUAUCAUGUCCCUUGCAUGUGGAAGUAGAUAAAGAAUCAGGGAAAGAGAUGGAGAGCGUUGAGGAGGAAGAGAGCAUCAAUCAGACUCCUGCUGACCUCUCGGUUGUAUCGGUCUGGUGUGAGGACAUCUCCGUCUCCGUCUCCGACUGCCCUGCCGCCAUCAGCACUGCAGUCCCCCCUGAGCCCUCCGCUCCAGUAGAGGGCAGCACCUGCAAUGCAGAUCCUCUGAUUUGUGGGGUUCAAGGAGAGCAAGAGAACAGCAGAGGGGAUCACCUCGAGGGUUAUCGACAAGGCUUGGCAGACUCAGUGGUCGUGGGUACAGAAGAACUGGUCGUCACUAGAUUUGAGCAACUAGAACCAAACCUCGUGGCUGACGAGAACAACACUGUGCACGAGAGCGCAAGCAGAGAAGCCCAGUCUUUCAUUCCAAAUGUGGUUCGCCACAGUCAGCUAGAGGAGCGGGAAGCUUCAUCUUUGCCUCUCAGACACGGAGAUCCUUCCAUCUUUGAGACAGACGUGAGGAUCGUGACAGGAAACGCUUUCAACUGUAGUACAACUCAGCUGAACAGAGCCAAGCGGAGGGAUGAGUUGGCGUGGGGAAAUAGAAAAGAGGAGUCAGAAGAAGAGAAUGUAGGGAAGAGAGUAAAACCUGAGGAAAGGGAUGAAGCUGGGGCGAUUUGGAGGAGGGAGGGCACUUGCGACGAGCUGGAUGACAGUGAUGGUAAAGGUCAUGAGGACACAAACAACACAGAUAGUACCAUCUGCAAGGGUGAUGAUAAAGAAGCAACAAUAAACGGUGCACUGAAAGACAACCUCCUGGAGUUGGCCGAUGAAAGCAGAGGAAGGAAGGAAGAGGUCGGAGACACCUGUGGACAAACAAGCAUCACCCAUGUUGAAGCAGAUGGAGAGGCCAGCGCGAACGUCACUAAUGUUGCCUAUGCUGAUCCCUCCCUGGCUAAUCCUGCCCCCUCUUCGCCCCCCUUGGGAUCCAUGGCAACCAGCCUGCCCUGUCUGGAAGCGGUGGAGGAAGAGGAGGAGGAGGAGGAGGAAGGGUUCGGAGUGCCGGCAGAAGACGAAAAAGGAGGCCAGGAAGGGAACGGGAGGUUUGGGAGACCACCGAAGGAGCCGGUCGAGGAGGAGAGCGGCUCCACCGUGGCUACUGAGGAGAGGAGGAACGAGGAAGAGGUGAAGGAGGAAGAUGAGUUUGGAGUAUUCAUGCAGGCGGAGGGAGAGCCGGCCUGGAGCGGGGGGGACACCAUGUCUGCCUCAGUGCAUUGUGGGAGCAGAGGAAGUGUUGCACUUGAAAAUCACGCCAUCGCCGGGGAGUCGACCCCCUGGACACCAGGCUGGACGGACAGCUCGUUCCACCAAUCGGACGACACCUGGACAGCCUUUUCUCAAGAGUCGUCCGAUGAAGGUCGAGAUGUGUUGGGACAGUGGUGGCCGACCAGCGCCGCGGGAGGGAGCAGAGACAGCCUCUCGGCCAAUCAGACUCUGGAGUCUGUCUUAACUGAAGCCUUCCCCUCGUUGCCUCGGUCGUGCUCUUGUGACCCCUGUGACCUCCAUACUGUCCCCACACUGGCCCAGCUCCUCCGGGGCAGAGCCAGCCAUGACCAUGGGCUAUUGGACGGUUUCCACGACUUGAACAAAAUGAUCUGUCAGAGAUACAAGAGAGCGAACGGCGUGUCUCUGGACCUGCUGCUGAGGACUUUGCACCUGCAGCCGUUGUCCGCCGAAAGGAGACCUAACCCCCGGACAGCCAAUCGCCGCCUCUCCUCCGGCCUGCCCUCGGCCAAUCGGCACGCUCAGAACGCUGCCGCUACGCGACGGCUGUCCUACGACUACAACAGAAACGUCGUGGAGUAAUAACUAUGCGGGCUCAGCUCUGGUUGGACUGUGAAUCUUCCACGUUUGCCUGAAGAACUGCCGGGUGUUAACCCCGGCACGGCGGCACGGACCAACAGCAGGUUUCUAAAGAAGCUGUGGAUUUACAACAUGUGUACUAUCUGCUCAUCAAACACUGACUGACCUUUCGACACUUUGCACUCUCCCUGGUUAUUUAAAGCUGAGCCAGUGAGGAGACGCAACCUGGAUGAAAACGGUUGUGUUUCAGAAGUCGUCUCCUCCAGCUCCUGUUGAUGUAUACUGGCGGAGUGUUUCCAUGAUGUGCCAUCUUGUUCACCACCACCCUCCGACUGUCAUUUUAAGUUACCAGGUCGUAACUAUGGAGGAAAAGUCAAGAACCUCAUGAUGUCACAACGUCAACCUGGUAUUUUUCCUUCCUGUUCAGUUAUUAUCUGAAAUUGUACCUUUAAAAGAAAUAUUUUCUCUGUGUUAGAGCUGCUGUUUUUGACAUGAGUUGUCUCAUCGAUUGAAAUGUUGCAGUGGCCAUUCACGGCGUACCCUGUUCACAGUGGGUGGGUGGCUUGGCACCUUGUCCCAGAAGUGCUGCAGAAGAGGUUGUAAUGUUGGUGUAUCCAGCACCCUGCAGCAUCAGUGAGCCGCGGCCUGUACAGCCCCGAUAGCGGUGACAUGCUAAUGUCCACAGAGCCCUGAAGCUCCUCCCCCCUUUUCAUAUAUAAAAAUAUCCUAGCGCCCAAAUUGCACCAGUCAACAAAGCACUCCGUGGGGAACCCAGCAAAACCCCCAUCGAGUGUGAAGUAGGUCAGAUACGGGGUUCCCCAGAUAUGCGGAGGACACGCAGACAGACAGAGUAGUCCUGCGUUAUGGUUUAUUAAAUCUCAUUGGGUUGAGUCAAACAAAAACAUUGACUUGCAAGAAAUGAAUGAUUAUAAAUAAAUAUCACCUUGUUUUUUUCUUACAUUCGCAGGGCUCUCAAGUUUUGAAGACAGGCAAGAGUGACAUUUCCAUCACAUUAAAUAGCCGAGAGUUUUUUUUCAGCGUGAGAAAUACGAUGUGUGGCGGGAGUGCGUGACUUAAGACCGAAAUGCGUGAGUGUCACGCUCAAUGCGUGACACUUGAGAGCCCUGCAUUCGUCGUUUUGGAUGGUGAGCAUGGAUCGCUAACGAGCUUAUCUUUUAGCAUCGGCAAACAGUUCAUCCCCGCUUCUCCUUUUCUUUUCUUUUGCAAAAUAUGUUUAUUAUCCAGAAUAUGAAUUUUCUCUUUUUCUUCUCCACCAAAGAGAUGUCUAACUCAAUCCAAUGAGAUUUAGUUUUUCUUCUUCUGGAGUGAUUCUUUCUAGCUAUUCUGUAUCAUUAAGUGCCAAGUCUGAUAUAUCGGGGCUUUCCGGAGAAAACUAAAUUUGUUGUUAUACUUUAAAAUACACAAACACAAAUCUUCCGUCCGCUUCUGAGAAAAUAUGUUUUGUCUGAUAAAAAAAUAAUAUUUGUUUUGCUUCAAAUCUAUUAACACAGUGGCUUUGACCUCGUGACCACAGGAAAUCUUUAUUCAAACACGUAACAGAAACCUGCUGGCCCGACAUAUCUCUUCAAAUAAUUCCAGCUGCAUGUCAAAGCAUUCAUCCCCCCCCCAUUUCUUGUAUUUGAAUGAUAGAAAGAACACAGAUCAUGUGAUCCAACUGGAGAUCAUUGUUUUUACUUGCCCCAUGCUGAAGAUAUUAUGGGAUGUCUGAAAAAAAAUUCAAUUUUUCAUUUUGCAGAGCGAUGCAUGUGCUUUCAUUGUGUAUUUACCACGGAAUAGCCAAGAAUUUGAAAUGAGUCUUAGAAAAACUGAUUUGGUUCCUGGUAGAACAAGUGUGUCUUCCAGUCAGUGCCAACAGGAACAGUGAUGAAAGUGCCAAUGUUUACGAGGAGCGACGCCGACAGGUUCAGGAGGAAACAUCGCCUCUUGUUCCUCAGACACGCUGAAGUGGACUCAAACCUGACAUCUCUCCAAGGGACGUUUCUGUUUGUCUUUGUCCCUCUCCUUGAGUCCACUUCACAGGAAACACUUGAAUCUAGAAGCCAAUCAAAACAAUGUUGUCAUUGUUGUUUUAUUCAUUUUUAUGAUAAUAUUGUUCACAUGACCAUGUCAAUGAUGCACUGUACAAUUUUAAUUUAGACAUACUGUCAAGCAUUGUCACCUCAGAAGGUUUAUUUCGCUCUGUUGUAUAUUUCACUUCAUGAUAUUCAGAAACAACCGUGUGUGUGUGCGCGUGCGUGUGUGUGUGUGUGUGUACAAACUACAAAUUGCUGAAAAAGAACAAGAUGAAUAUUUUCUGAUCUGUUCGAAGGAUGAAGGAGGAGUAUGUUGCCUUGGUAACCGAUGUAAUAAAACAAUACUGUGUGAA